GGCACAACAUGGAGCGGGCGCCAGCGUUCCUGAGCGCGGCCGAGGUGCAGGAGCACCUCCGCAGCUCCAGCCUCCUCAUCCCGCCUCUGGAAGCGGCACUGGCCAACUUCUCCAGCGGCCCCGACGGAGGGGUGAUGCAGCCGGUGCGCACCGUGGUGCCAGUGGCCAAACACAGGGGCUUCCUGGGGGUCAUGCCAGCCUACAGCGCAGCAGAGGAUGCUCUGACCACUAAGCUGGUCACCUUCUACGAGGGACACAGCACCACUUCCACAGUCCCCUCCCAUCAGGCUACGGUGCUACUCUUUGAACCAAGCAAUGGAUCCCUGCUUGCGGUCAUGGAUGGAAAUGUCAUAACUGCGAAGAGAACAGCUGCUGUGUCUGCCAUUGCCACCAAGUUCUUGAAGCCCCCUAGCAGUGAAGUGCUGUGCAUCCUCGGGGCUGGAGUCCAGGCCUACAGCCAUUAUGAGAUCUUCAUGGAGCAGUUCUCCUUUAAGGAGGUGAGGAUAUGGAACCGCACUAAAGAAAAUGCAGAGAAGUUUGUAGACACAGUGCAAGGGGAGGUACGGCUCUGCUCCUCGGUCCAGGAGGCUGUGACAGGUGCUGAUGUGAUCAUCACUGUCACCAUGGCAACAGAGCCCAUUUUGUUUGGCAAAUGGGUGAAGCCAGGAGCCCACAUCAAUGCCAUCGGCGCCAGCAGGCCUGACUGGAGAGAACUGGACGAUGAGCUCAUGAAGCAGGCAGUGCUGUAUGUGGAUUCCCAGGAGGCUGCCCUGAAGGAGUCCGGCGAUGUCCUCUUGUCUGGGGCUGAGAUCUUCGCUGAGCUAGGAGAAGUGGUGAAGGGAGUAAAACCAGCCCACUGUGAGAAGACCACGGUGUUCAAGUCAUUGGGAAUGGCAGUGGAAGACAUGGUUGCAGCCAAACUAGUGUAUGACUCCUGGUCAUCUGCUAAGUAAAGCAAAGAACUCUGUGUCGUGGCGCAUGUACUGCAGCUCAAGGGAUGUUGCCAUUUGGUAAUCUCAUCAUUUCUAGAUCAAAUGGGGGAGUCCAGGCCCCAGUGAAUUCUAAUGUUGUGCUUAUGUCUAACCCUAAAUACUGAAAUCCUCCUCUUUGUUUGUGGCUGGAGAACAAAACUGAGUAACCAUCCCUCCAGUUAUAACAUCUCUUUUCCUUGUUCUUCACUACCCUUGGUACUUCCCUGUAAUAAAGUGUUUUUCUGAUUCU